CGGCUCCCUCCGGAGGAUGAGCGGCUCCUUCAAACGCACUUCCCUGAAGGGCUCAGCGUCUGGAUCGCAGAAGGGUCAAAAAGCUUGGAUAGAGAAAACCUUUUCCAAGAGAGAGUGCAUCUGCCUAAUUGCCAACAGCAAAGAUGCUACCAGGUGCUGCUGUGGCCAAGUUCUUAUUCAACACAUCCCAAUUCCUCCGAGUAUAACUGCAAACAAGAACGGAGAAGCAGCAGCAAAGCAGGUGGACACCCAGCCUGAGAAAUGGUCCGUCACUAAACACACCCAAGCAUCCCCGACUGAUGCCUAUGGAAAUCUUGAGUUCCAAGGUGGAGGGCAUACUAAUAAGUCCAUGUACAUCCGAGUGUCAUAUGACACAAAGCCGGACGCACUGCUCCACCUCAUGGUGAAAGACUGGCAGCUGGAACUCCCCAAACUCUUAAUAUCCGUCCACGGAGGGCUGCAGAACUUUGAGUUGCAACCCAAACUGAAGCAAGUGUUUGGCAAAGGCCUCAUCAAGGCUGCCAUGACAACUGGUGCUUGGAUCUUCACUGGAGGAGUCAGUACAGGUGUCAUUCGCCAUGUAGGAGAUGCCUUGAAAGAUCAUUCUUCCAAGUCCAGAGGACGUAUCUGUGCCAUAGGAAUUGCCCCGUGGGGCAUUGUGGAAAACAAGGAAGAUCUGAUCGGGAGAGAUGUGACAAGAGUUUAUCAAACCAUGUCAAACCCACUAAGCAAACUCUGUGUGCUCAACAGUUCCCAUACGCACUUUAUCCUUGCCGACAACGGCACCCUCGGCAAAUACGGGGCAGAAGUGAAACUGAGGCGCCAGCUGGAGAAGCACAUCUCACUCCAGAAAAUCAACACACGACUGGGGCAGGGCAUCCCUGUGGUCGGACUGAUAGUCGAAGGGGGUCCCAACGUGAUCUCCAUUGUCUUGGAAUGCCUGCGGGAAGAGCCACCAAUUCCCGUGGUGAUCUGUGAUGGCAGCGGACGAGCCUCCGACAUUUUAUCAUUUGCUCACAAGUACUCUGAAGAAGGAGGCAUCAUCAGCGAGUCUCUGAGGGACCAGCUCCUCGUUACCAUUCAGAAAACUUUUAGCUACAGCCGGAAUCAAGCUCAUCAGCUCUUUGUGAUUCUCAUGGAAUGCAUGAAGAAAAAAGAACUUAUCACUGUGUUCCGCAUGGGAUCAGAGGGGCAGCAAGAUAUUGAGAUGUCUAUCUUAACAGCUCUUCUUAAAGGGACGAAUGCCUCUGCACCAGAUCAGCUGAGCUUAGCGUUGGCCUGGAACCGUGUGGAUAUUGCGCGUAGCCAGAUCUUUGUCUUUGGACAUCACUGGCCGCCAUUGGGAAGCCUUGCAGCGACGGAUGGGUCAGCCCCGGAAAAGGAGAAGAAAUCUCCGGCGCCUCAAACCAAAGGAGCGAGAGGCAAAGGCAAAGGCAAAAAGAAAGGGGGGAAACAGAAGGAAGAACCAGAAGAAGAAACUGAUCCACGGAAAAUUGAGCUACUAAACUGGGUCAAUUCCCUGGAACAAGCCAUGCUGGAUGCUCUGGUACUGGACAGGGUGGACUUCGUCAAGCUCCUGAUCGAAAACGGCGUCAGCAUGCAGCGCUUCCUCACCAUCCCGCGACUGGAAGAGCUUUACAACACGAGAUUGGGUCCACCAAAUACCUUACAUGUGAUCGUCAGAGAUGUAAAAAAGGGCAAUCUGCCACCGGAUUACCACAUCAGUCUCAUCGACAUUGGCUUGGUGCUAGAAUACCUCAUGGGAGGGGCGUAUCGCUGCAACUAUACGCGGAAAAGCUUCCGAACCCUGUACAACAAUUUGUUUGGACCAAAGAGGCCUAAAGCUCUUAAGCUUCUAGGGAUGGAGGAUGAUGAACCUCCGAGCAAAGGGGGGAAGAAGAAGAAGAAGAAAAAGGAGGAGGAGAUCGACAUUGACGUGGACGAUCCCGAGGUCAGCCGGUUCCAGUUCCCCUUCCACGAGCUCAUGGUGUGGGCAGUGCUGAUGAAGCGGCAAAAGAUGGCCCUCUUCCUUUGGCAGCGUGGAGAGGAAACCAUGGCCAAGGCUCUGGUGGCCUGCAAACUCUACAAAGCCAUGGCCCACGAGUCUUCGGAGAGCGAGCUGGUGGAUGACAUCUCUCAAGACCUGGACAACAACUCCAAGGAUUUUGGCCAGCUGGCCUUGGAGCUUCUGGAUCAGUCCUAUAAGCAUGAUGAACAAGUGGCCAUGAAGCUCUUGACUUACGAGCUGAAAAAUUGGAGCAACUCCACCUGUCUGAAACUUGCAGUGGCAGCAAAACACAGGGACUUCAUUGCACACACCUGCAGCCAGAUGUUAUUGACCGACAUGUGGAUGGGAAGGCUACGCAUGCGCAAGAACCCCGGCCUUAAGGUCAUCAUGGGGAUCCUUUUACCGCCCACCAUCCUGUUCCUGGAGUUUCGCACCCAAGAUGACUAUUCCUACCAAACGUCGAAGGAAAAUGAAGUUGGCAAAGAAAAAGAGGAGGAAAACGUGGAUGCGAAUGCUGAUACUGGUUCCCGAAAGGGAGAUGAAGAGGAUGGAAACAAAAAACAAAGGAGUCUUCCCAUUGGAACAAAGAUCUAUGAAUUCUAUAAUGCGCCAAUCGUGAAGUUCUGGUUUUACACAAUCUCCUACCUGGGCUACUUAAUGUUGUUCAACUACAUCAUCUUGGUACGGAUGGAUCGUUGGCCCUCGCUCCAGGAAUGGAUUGUCAUCUCAUACAUUGUGACUCUGGCUUUAGAGAAAGUAAGAGAGAUUUUGAUGUCAGAGCCGGGAAAACUAAGUCAGAAAAUAAAAGUGUGGCUCCAAGAAUAUUGGAACAUCACCGAUUUGGUUGCCAUUUCUGUGUUCAUCAUUGGGGCCAUUCUCCGUUUGCAAAACCAGCCUUACAUGGGUUAUGGGAGAGUGAUCUACUGUGUGGAUAUCAUUUUCUGGUACAUCCGAGUACUGGACAUCUUUGGUGUGAAUAAAUACCUGGGACCGUACGUCAUGAUGAUUGGGAAGAUGAUGAUUGAUAUGCUGUACUUCGUGGUGAUCAUGCUGGUGGUACUGAUGAGUUUCGGAGUCGCCCGCCAAGCCAUCCUGCAUCCCGACGAGGAGCCAACUUGGCGGCUGGCCCGUAACAUCUUCUACAUGCCCUACUGGAUGAUCUAUGGAGAGGUGUUUGCAGACCAGAUAGACCGUAAGAGCAGAGUUCAUACUCCUUGUGGGGAUAACCUUUAUGAUGAGGAUGGCAAACGGCUCCCUCCGUGUAUCCCUGGUGCCUGGUUGACUCCUGCCAUCAUGGCUUGCUACCUCUUGGUAGCGAACAUUCUCCUGGUCAACUUGCUGAUCGCCGUCUUCAACAACACCUUCUUUGAAGUGAAGUCCAUCUCCAACCAAGUCUGGAAGUUCCAGCGGUAUCAGCUGAUCAUGACCUUCCAUGACAGGCCGGUGCUUCCCCCGCCCAUGAUCAUCUUCAGUCACCUUUACAUUAUCAUCGUCCGCCUCUGCUGCCGCUGCAAGAAGCGGAAAGAAGGGGAUCAAGAUGAACGCGACCGAGGGCUGAAGCUGUUUCUAAAUGAUGAGGAGUUGAAAAAACUGUAUGAAUUUGAGGAACAAUGUGUUGAAGAAUAUUUCCGGGAAAAAGAAGAUGAAGAACAAUCAUCAAACGAUGAACGUAUCAGAGUUACUUCUGAAAGAGUUGAAAAUAUGGCUAUGAGAUUAGAAGAGGUGAAUGAAAGAGAACAUUUCAUGAAAGCUUCUCUUCAAACAGUUGACCUUCGACUUUCACAGCUGGAAGAGCUCUCCGGCCGAAUGGUGGAUGCACUGGAAAAAUUGGCGGGUAUUGACAAAGCAGAGCUGACUCACACGCGCUCCCGGGCAUCCUCUGAAUGUGAUGCUGCCUACCUUCUAAGGCAAAGCAGCGUGAACAGUUCUGACGGCUACAGCAUGUACAGGUACCCUGGCGAUGAGCUUGCCUACGAUGAGGUGCCCACCCCAAUGUCCCCAGCCUUGGCGUUGCGUAAAGCGGAUUCAAAGAUGCAGUUGUCUCCAGAACGCCAAGGAAGCCUCCACUCUGCCUCCAGUGCAAAUGCAGUGGCCUCUACCGAUCACAAUAAAAAUACCUUAGAUGUUGUGCCAGCUGUCUCUAGGCCUCGCUCUGGCUCAGGAGACAGGCAGGAGCGCUGCAAGAGCGAAGAGACAAUACCCCAGACCCUCAAUCCAACAGAUAAUGUUGUGAACGGACAGUCUGGAACCAGACCAGAUCUUCAAGGUGCUCAUUUAACCCUAGAAAGGACCAAAUUAGAGGCCACCAUCUCCUAUCCCCUGGACAAACCUAGAGCGAUGAAGUACUACCCUUCUGAAACGUUCAGUGCUUGUCAAGCAACCAUGAUGAAGUCAAGGAGCUAUAUAUUGGCACAAGGUGGAAAGAUGGCCGGGGGUGUUAACAACUGGACCGGCAUGGACCAAGGAUACAAGAGCAUCAUGGACCAAGUGUGCCCUUCUACCAUUGAGCAAUGGACUGCCGAGUGGAAGUACGAGGUUCAGCAGAAGCUGGCUAACGAGCCCCCUCCUGAAUAUCCUGGCAUCGUGUCCGAGGCGGAGAUGCAAGCCGAGCGGAAACAGCUGCUGACCGACACUGAGGAUGACAGCGAUGUUGGCGAUGUAACAGGACUCAGUGCCUCCCACCCUUCUUCACCUGUCACUCAAAGGAUGGACACAGACAACCAGCUGUUGGGGACGUCCGACAGGACUUGUGGGUUUCCAUCAGUACGGUCAAAAAGUUUACACAGCCAUUCUCGAAAAGCCAAGUCCACGAAGGACAAGCUCAGCAGACCGGGACAUGCCAGCAGCGUUAGCUGCCUAGCGGUGGCCUACGGAACUGUGAUGGAAGCACAGAAAACCCAUGCAGAAAACGCCUCCACGGAAACAGAAUGCUAACAUCGCCUUUUCUCACCAGACAGCAGCGGGAGAGAAGCACCUGGCGUGCUUGGCUAGGCCAGGACAGCGCGGAAAGGGAUGCACACUGACGUGGGAGCUUGUGCAUUUUGUUUUGCAGGGGUAUUCGUGCUGAACCUUCUUCAAAGCAAUUCCCGCUUCAGGUGAAAGGAAGGCGUCCUCCCUAAAAGUGGAUGCAACAGAAGGGCCUGAAAAUGUCUCAUGGAUUCUUUGAAUCACCAGGGCACCAAUUUU